UGCCCUUUUUUUCCCCCAAGACCUUCCUUUCCUCCCCUCUCAAGAAAACAGAGAAAGAGUGGGAGAGAAAGAAAGGAGCCUCCUUUUUUAGUUGUUCUUUGAACUAUAAACAGAGACGAGAGCAGAGAAGAUGGGCUCUUCGGCUCCUUUCGUUCUCUUCUUCUUCAUUGCCUCUCCUCUGUUUCUCUUCUCCUCCUCUGCUGCAAUUAGUGUAAUAGAGAGCUCUUCAACCGUGUCCUUCGAGGAGGGGUACACCCAAACCUUCGGCGAUGGCAACCUGAUGCUCCUCCGCCAUGGGAAGACAGUUCACAUCGCCCUUGACGAGAGAACAGGUGCUGGAUUUGCUUCCCAGGAUCUUUACCUCCAUGGAUUCUUCAGCGCUUCCAUUAAGCUUCCCUCGGAUUACGCCGCCGGUGUUGUCGUCGCCUUCUAUAUGUCGAAUGGUGAUGUAUUUGAGAAGACCCAUGAUGAAUUGGACUUUGAGUUCUUGGGGAACAUAAGAGGGAGGGAGUGGAGAGUCCAGACCAAUGUCUAUGGGAAUGGAAGCACUGCCAUUGGAAGAGAAGAGAGAUAUGACCUCUGGUUCGAUCCCACAGAGGAUUUCCAUCAGUACUCCAUCCUAUGGAGCCAUGAUCGGAUUAUAUUUUAUAUUGAUAACAUUCCAAUUAGAGAGAUAGUGAGGACUGAGUCCAUGGGAGGGCAGUUCCCCUCCAAGCCCAUGUCCCUCUAUGCCACCAUAUGGGAUGGCUCCAAUUGGGCCACCUCCGGUGGUCGCUACAAGGUCAACUACAAAUAUGCUCCUUACAUUGCUGAAUUUGCUGAUCUCAUCCUCAAUGGCUGCACUGUGAACCCCAUGGACCAUUCAUCAGCUUGCGAAGGGAGUGACUCUGCUCGCUAUGACUCGGUGACAAUGUCAUCAGACCGAAGGGCACAAAUGGAGAGUUUCAGGAAGAAACAUAUGACCUAUUUCUAUUGCUAUGAUCGGAAUCGAUACACGAAUCCUCCAUCAGAAUGCAACAUCGACCGGGAAGCCCGGCGUUCUUAUGGGGCAGAUGGUGCAAGGCUCGGGAACCACCACCACCGCCGUGGUAGGAGCCACCAUCACCGGAGCCCAGCGGGGCUCGCUGAUGCUAGUUUCUGAAUGUAUCUGGUUACCCUUUUCCAGGUGUAACCUUAUUCUUGUUGUGUAGCGGAAGAAUUAUUAGAGGUGGUUAGAUUUCGGUAAAGCUUCAGAUCAAAUACAUGUGCAUUGGGGCUGUAUUAUUGGUGCCAUUGUUCUGUAGGAGGAGGCUAUUGUUGUUUUGGUGCCAUUGUCUUUCUUCUAAUUGGCUUUUUGUACUUGUUCCUUCUCACAUGCUAACGUUAUUAUUCAAAGUCCAUCCAUCUGAAAUAAAUAUAGGAGGAAAAUGAAAGCAGUGAAUAAUUUAAAA